GAGAUGUGUUGUGUUUAGCCGCCGUGGUGGAUUUAGAUUUUAAGUGAUUAUUUAUUCAUUAAUUUAACAAAACAAGCGAAACAUAAUGGGCAAAAAAGAAGAAGACGACAUCAUCAGGAUUGCAAAAAAGUUGGACAAGAUAGUGCAGAAAAAAAAUGAGUCUGGAGCGUUUGACCUGCUGAAAGAACUAAAGAACGCUCCCAUGACGCUGGAGCUACUACAGUCCACCCGAAUCGGGAUGUCCGUGAAUGCCAUUCGUAAACAAAGCACCGACGACGACGUCACCUCGCUAGCCAAGGCUCUCAUCAAGUCAUGGAAGAGGCUCUUGGAUGCGCCAGGAGGAGGAGAUAAGUCGUCAGUGGAGAAGAAGAAGGAAUGUGAAGCCCCACCCACAGCCUCCUCCCAAGACAGCCCAGAGCCUCAAGAGGAGAGCAGUAACUCUAGCAGCAGGAGUGGGCCCGCUGAUGUCUCGCCCACUGGCCUAAUCAAAACCGUCCCACAAGCUCCGCCCACUUCCGACUCUGUUAGGAUCAAAUGCAGGGAGAUGCUGUCUGCUGCGCUGCAGGCUGGAGAUGACUACAUUACCAUCGGUGCUGACUGUGAUGAAUUAGGGGCUCAGAUUGAGGAGUGCAUCUUUCAGGAGUUUAAAAAUGUAGACAUGAAAUACAAAAAUCGCGUCAGGAGCCGAAUUUCCAACCUGAAGGACAUCAAAAACCCCAAUCUGAGGAGAAACGUGUUGUGUGGGAACAUCCCCCCAAGCAGGAUGGCCAGCAUGACUGCAGAGGAAAUGGCGAGUGAUGAGAUGAAGGAAAUGCGCAAAAACCUGACCAAAGAGGCGAUCAGGGAGCACCAGAUGGCCCGGACUGGGGGCACAGAAACCGACCUGUUCACCUGUGGGAAAUGCAAGAAGAAGAAUUGCACCUACACCCAGGUUCAGACCCGCAGCGCGGACGAGCCAAUGACCACGUUUGUCUUCUGUAAUGAAUGUGGGAACAGGUGGAAGUUCUGCUGACUUGCUGGGUCUUGGAGGCUGGAAGAGUAGCCAAGCUGCUGGAGCUAAAUUGUAUUCCUGAGUGUGUAAGAUGAAGCAGGGACUUCCGUCUGCUGAAGCCGCAGAAUAACUUCCACUGUUUUUAAUAGAGCCACGAUCCUCAGAGCCGUCCUGUUGCAUUUUCACCUGACUUUACACGUGACGUUAGCUUGGGAAAAUCUCAAAUUUCCAAGGAUUGCAAGUUACUCUACUUCUUUUACUGACUUUUUUAUAUGUAUUUUAACAUUUAACUUCGAUCGAUAUGUACUCAAUGUUUUAGUUCACGGUAUCAUUGGCGAUCGUUUUCAACGCAUUUUAAUUUCUUUAUUAAAAUCAAAUUAAAAAUAAAAACACCUACAUAUUUUUUGACUGAAACCAGUGCCCAAUCAUGUUUGGAAAAACUGAAUACAGAGCGAAUACAUGGAAAGAUUUUUGCCUCAUAAUGACAUUAAUAACAGCAAAUCUAUUUAGAAAACCAUGAAUAUAGCUAAUUGCUUUACCAGGUAGGCAAAACAAUGACGCAGAAGUCUGUUAUUACAAUAAUAUAGGUGCAUAAAUGUGGGAACAGGAGGACACACCCAAGAUGGGCAUGGUGCAGGCUAACUGCUAAUUGUCGAUUAGGAAAAUAAGAACAUACUUUAACACAAAGAAACUAGAGUAUUAGACUGUAAGGCCUUUUUCCCCUUUUACAUUUACAUUUACAUUUAUUUAUUUAGCAGACGCUUUUAUCAAAAGCCACUUACAAAAGUGCAUACAGCACUUUUCCUCACAUUUAAGAUGAAACCACUGCAUGGUUUGUAAUGAAAAGCCGGUAUAAGUUCAAACAGUUUGUAAAAGUGUGAGUGUUUAACCUGCAUGGCUGUCACCUGCUCAGCUGCAGUCUUCCUUUUAAGAAAAUCACCUUCUGUACUUUCCCUCAU